GUUUUCUGAAAGACACCUUUGAUUUUCUUCUCACAGAUUUUCGUCGGAUGGUCCGUCCAAACCCAAACUGUUGUCCUCUACCCACUUUUAUUUUGAUUCUCACGACCCGGGCCCGAAUAAAUUUCAUGUGAAGUAGAAGGACGCUAGCACCAGAAGUACUCCCACAGUAUUUUGUUCGUGAGCAGUUUUCUGUUUGAAGGUUUAGAAAUCAAGGUCGUAGACGAGUUGUCUGCGAAAGAUCGUAGAAGUAAAUUGGCACACCUUCCUGAUCCCAGAUGAAGAUGGACCUGAAGAUAAGAAUGUGUAUGGUAAUUGACACCACCUUCUUCACCGCCUGUGCCCGUUCAUCAUUAUCUCCCUGGCGACACGAAAACUAGAAAUGAAUCGGUCCAGCGAAGUAGGUGGGAACGACGAGUUGCCGCCUAGGGCGGGAGGUCUUCCCGUAGAAGUAUGCGCAGAUGCCGUCGCGGCCAAGGACGAGGACGGCCGACAGGAAACCGGAACCAAUGUAGUUCAUAAUUUCCAUAGGCGUGAACAAGAAGAUCUAAAUCAUGUUGUCCACGCUCCAGCACUAAAUACCGCUGUCGAGGAAGUGGAUGUGGUCCACAAUUUGCAGCCGGUCCCGAUUAUACUAAACACCCUGGAAGAUGAUGCCACGAAUAAUUUGCGGUCUUCCGCUUCACUCUCCGAAGGAUCCACAACUGCAGAUGACGAAGAGGAGUUUCAAUUCGAUCACGAGGAAGCAGACGAAACCUGGUAUAAUGAUUCGAACCUAACGACGCCAAGAAAUCUUGCUCAACAUCAUCAAAACGGCGCCCCUGGUGACGGCUCUGUCGGGGUAAGUAGAACUACGCCACCAGCACCACCAGCUGCUGCACGACCCUGUGGAGGUCCUCGUCCCGAAAAACCAAUUGUUCCGCGGCGAGGAGCAAGCAGCUGCACAUUUAUUUCUGGUUCUCCUAGAAGCCCCAGUUUAUUGACGACGCAAAAGAGCACCAUCAGCACCAGCGUUCCGUCCUGCUACGACAGACGUCUGAUCAACGCGCACAAACGCAGUCUGUCCAGAUCCACUUCGGUGUCGCUGACCGAAUCCUCCGACGCGAAGCCGCGGUUCCGCCGCGACCCCGGGGAAGCGCACGUCCCGCCACGUGCCAACGUGAAGAUUGAAAAAGAUUCAGCUGUCGUACAGCUCCCGGGUGGAAAUAAUGAGGAAGAGAUCCAGGAGGACGCCGUUGUUCUUGACGAUGAGCCACCAAAUACCAGUAAAUCGGACCGGGAAUCCCCGAAGUGCUGUACCGUCUCCAUUUCGUUGCUGCUCUGCGUCCUCGUCGUUCUGUCUUUUUCCGGGUUGCUGAUCUAUUUCGUCCAGCUAGCAAAGGAUACCAUGGCCGACCCGCUGAAGGACAAUCACACGACGCCCGAUGUCAUCGUGCCCCCGUACCGGAAGUUUUUCCGCGUGUACCCGGAUCUCAGUCUGCAGCAACUCUCCGUGGUCUUGCUACACGAAGAUCCCAGUGUGUACCUCCCGCAACCAGACCUCGACGACAGCGACGCCCACCUGGUGCUCGCCAUGGCAAAUGCGGACUUCCAGUUGAACCUUUAUGAACUGCAAAAGUAUCGUACUAGUAGUAAUUGCAAUACAAAUUAGCUCAGCAUGACAAAUGGAAUUUGUCAUGCUGUUUUGCCUUGGGAUAGAUUUGUAAAUGCAUAACUGCGAUUACUACGAGUGCGAUACUUUUGCACAGGAUAACCUGCCCGCGGUGCCGAUCCAGGGCACGGCUGACGUGAACAGCGCCAGCGUAUACGGUGGGGACGGCUCAUUGGCGGGGAACGGGGUUUUUACAACAACGUCGAGUCGCCACGACCACGGGGUGCGCCCGACGUCGCUGCGAUUAGGAUUCUUGGGCGUUGGGAUUGAUGCUGGUGUGGCCUCGUCACAAGAUGGAAACAGUAACGGGAGUGGUACUACUACAAAUGGCGGACAAGGAGCAUCUUCGCAACACCAGGUGGCCUCAACUAGUACGGAGCUACUUUUGCCAGUGUGGCAAAAUCUCAUGGCGUCUCGCUUGCCGAUCGUCGAAAUAGAGGCAGACGUAGAGGACAAGUUGCGCGUUGGCGAAUUCAAGAGCAACCUGGUUGCACAACUCACGGAGGGCUUGUCGGUUCUACAGGAGGAGCUUUUCGCCGAAACGCAGAAGGGCGGUCAAGGAGCUGUUACCGCACGACCCAUGCAUUUGCAACAACAAGCGUUCGCUGGAGACUACUCGUCAUCUCAAGGUAUGGCGGAUGGGAUUGUGGCUACGCCACGUAGAAGGCGCAACGGUGGAGCCGUUUCCAGAACUACUGCGCAGACUUAUCAUCGGCGCAAGGCAACAAGCGACAACACUGAUCGGCGCUCGCCGGAAAGUUCUUUUUUGCGGGAAAAAAUCCUCGCCGUGUUGGAUUCUGAGUUGCUGAAAGUGGUUUCGCCCGACACCAGCGGAGCAAGAAAUUCUGACCUGCUCGUUCAGAAGUUGCGAUUCGACUACAUUUUUUCGCUCGUCGCGCUUCUGCAGAAACUCGUGUUUCGGCUGCAGCACUUGGGGUUCCGGUACGACACGUUGUUCGAUGCCCCGGAACCGGUUUUGUCCAGUGAGAAGAGUGGCGAAAACAGAAAUGUCAAGGAGGGGCUGCAGAAAGCGCUGGCACAAAACGAUUUGUUUUUGGCCAGAAUCAUGGCGCGCUCAGAUGGGUUGUGGGAGAAGAAACCCGUUAUGAAUUUCUACUUCAUCGACAAAAGCGACGGGAGCGACCAUGACGCUGGCGAACAACCACAAGCGGGAGUAAAUGCAAAGGCUGGUGCUGACCACCCUGACGAGAACGAGGAUCGUGGUGCCAACAAUGAAGGCGGGGAAAAUAAUGCCCGCCCGUGUGUGGUCUGUGGCGCGAAUAACUGUUACCGGGAAGAGGACAAGAGGACAGUGGACCGCUUUGAGUUGCGACUGCAAUUGAGAAACAUGCUGCUCCCAGGGGUGGGCGCUUCAGACGACGGGAUAACGCCCGCCCCCGAGGACACCCUGCACGGCAAGUACAAACUCGUCGAUUUGAGGGACAACGGUCAGGCAGCUGCUGCAGGAGACGGAGAGGGAGACGGCGGACCUUUUGUGAUUAAUCGUCGAAUGGAACGAAUGGUGAGCCCUGCAGUGACGAGCCUCGAUGGUGCGUUCUCUUCAGCGGAGCAUCUUCAAAUGGUCCACAAUACAACUACCCAGUUUCAACAUGCUCCUCCUGUCUCAUCGUCUUCGUCCGGCGGCGGAACAAAUAUCGCGGUCGAGAGCGUCGAUUUGCAAAUGCCCUGGACCUCUAUCACUGUUGAGUGGUCAAAAACCGGGAAUUUUGUCUUUUCCUCGCAGCAACACCACGAGUCUGCCGCGUCCUUGCUGCAGGACCUGGAGACCCACCGGCUUCGCCUCGGCGGCCAGAUCGCGGCCUACGUACGCGUGUUUGCGGGCAAGGGGCGCGACACCGUUUUGCUGACGCGCCCGCUGCAUCAGGUGGAGCUGGCAGAGAUGGAAACGAACCUUGCGCACUGGCUGCGGACUUUGGACGUGUUUCUCUCCGAGAACGUGCUGACAUCCGAGCCCGAAAGUGGUGGCACUACUACAACCGGGUUGCUGGAGAGCCGCAUUGCCGUGUUCCGACAGGAAGGGUUUCCAGUGUCAGGGCGGAUACCAGCAAAUCUUUCGCUUUCAACAAAUAAUCACUAUCAGACCUACACCGUCAUAGCCAGGAGCGCUCCCAUCCAGAUCUCGAGGACGCAGUUCGAUCGAUUCUUCAACCGAACGGGGAACCAGGUUCUUGCGAACUUUUGGCGACCCAAUGACGACGAGGUGAUGCCAUUCCUUCCCUACAUUCGCGCCACGGCUAGCGAAGAAGCCAUGGCGGCUGCCCUGAAUCUCACAGACUACCUGCGCUUGUCACCCGACGACCGCGCUGCACAUCACGCGGUACUGGAUCCCAACUUCCUGAUUGCAAAAAACGCGCGCAUAUUCGGCGUCUUACUUCCGUGUACCUGCACGAAAGCCGCAACUUGCGACCACACAGGCUCUACUGUCCCAUCUUCAAGAGCCGGGUCGUCUGAUCAAGAGGUCUUUGCUGGACCAGGACGAACUUCUUCAGCGCGCCCACUGCCUGUAUGCGUGUUUUUUCGCGGCCUGACCGACAUCGAGUAUAAGCUUCCGGUUUUCUCGCCGGCUGGUGGUUCGACCUGGUUGCAACUGGCGGAGGGUGCUGGAGUGGACCACUCCACGCAGCAGAAUCAAGUGUGGUGGAACGCAAGAACUGCAUUGGAAGGCUUUUCUGAAGCGCAACAGCAAAUGCUGGUCACCCAGUCAAACCAGAACGUCUUUGGCCGAACUGUCCCUGCUUCCCCCGUACUGGACGGAUAA